AUUUGCCAUUUAAUUAAAGAAACAGCCAUAACCAUAAUGAGUUUAAAGGAACCAAAAUUAAAAAAAUCUCGCACUUCGACUUGGGUAUUAAAUUCUACAAGGACUUCAGGGUCUAAUUCACCAUGCAGCAGAACCAGGGAACAAAUUUUCCAAAGAUACGUUGAUGUAAUAGAUUCAAAAUCAGAUGUUUCCACCGUUACAAGGAAAUCUGAAAGACCAUUUACAAACUUUGAUGAUGUAGAAUUGGCUUUUCGGGCCAAUUUAAACAGUAACAAAAUUGCAUGCACCAGCGAUAACAUGAAGAAGCUUACUCUUAUGGCACAAGAGCCCUGGCCGGAAAAUGUGAAGCUGUUCCAGCCGUACGAGGUGGAGCAAAUACUGCUCCCGGAUAAUGCUAGCUGCCUGGCCGUGCAGGCCUUUUUGAAAAUGUGCAACCUGCCCUUUGAAGUAGAGAUGCGCUGGAACGCGGAGUUCAUGUCACCGUCCGGCCGCGUCCCUUUCAUCAAGUGUGGCGCCUUCGUAGUCUCAGAGUUGGAGCCGGUGGCGCAGUUCGCAGCCAACAAAGGUGUCUCGCUCUGCAGCCAGCUCAGCUCCGAAGAGAAGGCGGAGAUGCGUGCUUACAUGAGUCUUAUUACCAAUGUGCUGGUCAACGCUGAGCUGUGGAUAUCCUGGAUAGACGACGAAACCUACAACGCAGUGACCAAAGUGCGCAACUCUUCCGUGUACCCGUGGCCUCUCGGCUGGAUCCAGACUCGAACCAAGCGCAACAUGGUGGCCAAGCGGCUCAAGGCUCUGCACUGGCAUGAUAAGACACUAGACCAAGUUUUGGCUGAUGUGGACCAAUGUUGCAAUUCGCUGAGCCAGCGUCUGGGCGACAAGGACUAUUUCUUUGGAACAGGCCCGACAGAGCUGGACGCGCUCGUGUUCGGGCACGUGUUCACGGUGCUCACGACCCGCCUCCCGCGCCGCCGGCUCGCGGAGACCAUCCGUAAGCACGCGCCGCUGCUGGCGCUCGCCCGCCGGGUCGACGAGACCUAUUUCAAGCGCCCAUAGCGCCCGAGGGUCCAGGAUAUCUCCACCAAGUUUACUAGCCC